UCCCCACACCCCCAACGUGUACUCCCCUGAGCAAAUCCGACUCCAACCUCCAACUCUAACCUCACACCUACAUUUUUCCCUUCAACUUCUUUGAAUCUAAGCUUACACAAAUCUUCCCCUCUACUACCAGAAAAUCCAGACACCCAAUUAUAAUUUUGUUUCACCAAUGAAAAGAAGUCACAUUAGAUUCUUCCACCAUAAGAAAUGGUCAACACCCAUUGUUGUAGUCAUAAUCUUGGCUCUAAUACUUCUUUUUACACUAAUUUUUUCCAACCCCAGUUCCUCAAUUAGGCCUAAAUCUUCAACCCCACUUUCAAAAUCGAAUCUUUUUAGUGCAAAAGCUGAAAUCUUGCCUGAGCUGCCUCGAUUAGCUUACUUAAUUUCAGGCACCAAAAACGACGGCGUUAGGAUAAAACGGCUGCUUCAGGCAGUGUAUCAUCCUAGGAAUUAUUAUUUGUUGCAUCUUGAUUUGGAGGCUUCAGACAGUGAGAGAUUGGAGUUGGCUAAGUAUGUUAAGUCAGAGGUUGUAAUUAGGGAGUUUGGGAAUGUUAAGGUUGUUGGUAAAUCAGAUCUUGUUACUUAUAAAGGGCCUACUAUGUUGGCUUCCACAUUACGUGCUAUUGCUAUUCUCUUGAAGCUGCCCAAGAAUUGGGAUUGGUUUAUUAAUCUUAGUGCAUCUGAUUAUCCCCUUUUGACCCAAGAUGAUAUACUACACAUUUUCUCAUACUUGCCUAGGGAUCUGAAUUUUCUUGAGCACUCAAGUAAUAUUGGUUAUAAAGAGUUUUCAAGGGUGAGGCCUAUUAUCAUCGAUCCUGGUUUAUAUCAUAUGAAGAAAUCUGGUGUAUUCUGGGCUAAGGAGAAAAGAUCAAUGCCUGCUUCUUUCAAGGUGUUCAUGGGGUCUGAAUGGGUGAUGCUUUCAAGGUCAUUCCUUGAGUUUUGUAUUUGGGGAUGGGACAAUCUCCCGCGCACUCUUCUGAUGUACUACACAAAUUUCUUGUUUUCUCUUGAGGGCUACUUCCACACCAUUGUCUGCAAUCACAAAGACUACCAGAACACGACAGUGAACCACGACUUGCAUUACAUCAAAUGGGACAAUCCCCCAAAGCAGUAUCCUAUAAAUUUAUCGCUCGAACACUUUGAGGACAUGGUCCAGAGUGGUGUCCCCUUUGCUCGUACUUUUGCUACAGAUGAUCCGGUUCUUGAUAAAAUUGACAAGGACAUCUUGAGAAGAUCUCAUGGCCGGUUUUCACCCGGGGCUUGGUGUAUGGGAAGUUCUGCUUUAGGUAACGAUCCUUGUAUAGUUAAUGGAAGUCCAGAUGCUGUCAAACCAUCAUCAGGCUCAAGAAGCCUAGAGAAACUUGUACUAAAGCUCCUUGAUACUGAAAAUUUCAGGUCUAGACAAUGUAAAUAAGUUAUAUUUUUCUUCCUCGUGAAAAUCUCUCUUUUCAUUUUGUAUGAGGCAUUCAUUUAUGUAGCAUGGGCAAGUGUACAGAUAGCCAUUCUUAGGGAUGCUAUUAGAAAGGGAAAUUACCAGUUA